AUGUUCAUCUUUAUACCUGUUCCGUUUUGGAAAUACCUUUUCGGCAAAGGGGAUAGUCAGAUAAUUGAAAACCGGAGAGCAGCAGGAGAUUAUGUUCAAAAGUCAGUUUCUUGCUGGUCUGCUGUCAAUAUGCUCUAUAAUAUUUUCUUUUUAUUUCAGUGUCUGCGUAAAAUAGAUUUACAACGCUGUUGGAAUCCUCUUAUAUUAAUUGAUAAUAUAUUAAGUGAAUCAAAAGAACAACAUUGGAUUAUGACAGAGAAAAAUGAAGCUGGUGAAAUUUACAUUGUUGAACGUCGUCGCCUUAGAGGUGUAUUCUUAGAGACAUUAGAAUUAAACGAUUUCCCAUUAGAUGUACAAGAUUUAACUAUCACUCUAACGUCUGAACGACCAGAAUCUGAAGUUCAACUCAUUCCAGAUAAAAAUGAACCGUGUAGGAUAAAUUUGCAGACCCUUGUUGAUCAGCAGGAAUGGAAGCUACAUGAACAUAUCGAAAUAACAAGACGUUCUGCAACUCAAGAAUAUACGCACUCAAGUCAAAGUCAUCCUUGUAUUUCUGUGACUUGUAGAGCAGCACGUAGACCUGGUUAUUUCUAUUGGAAUGUUUUUCUGAUUAUGGUAAGAACGUGA